AUGAACCUUCCGUGUUUGCUGAGAAUAGCAAUAUAAAAAUGGUUGGAUUUGAUCUUAUUAAAAAAAUAUCUGAACGUUUGUAUUCAAAAACUGGUGUUGAUCCAUCACAAAUUCAGGUUAUUGAACUACAUGAUUGUUUUGCUCCAAAUGAGUUGAUAACUUAUGAGGCUUUGGGUCUUUGUCCUAUAGGAAAGGCAGGUGAAAUAGUUGAUAAAGGAGAUAAUACUUAUGGUGGAAAGUGGGUAAUUAAUCCGAGUGGAGGUUUAAUUAGUAAAGGACAUCCAAUUGGUGCAACAGGUAUUGCUCAAGCAGUAGAAUUAUGUAAUCAAUUACGUAAAAGAUGUGGAGCUCGUCAAGUAACUAAUGCAGUUUAUGCACUUCAACAUAAUAUUGGGUCAAGGAUCGUCUUUCGCCCCGAUCGCCAACCCUCGCCCGAAAAUGGAAUUGGCGGUGCUGGGGUAGUUGCUAUUUAUAAACUUGGUUUUCCUGAAUUAGCUAAUAAAAAGAAGGAAGAAAAUGGAGAAAUGUCUAGUGAAUUUAAAAGUGAUGCUAUUUUUGAGGAAAUUAAGGAAAGAGCAGAACAGGAAAUUGAUCUGGUUAAACAAGUUGGGUCUUGUUUUAAAUUUGUUAUUUCAUCUCCAAAUUCAUCUAAAAAACGUGAAUGGAUUGUUGACUUAAAAUGUUCCCCUCCAUAUGUUGGCCUUUCUGAUAACAAGGAAAAUACAAAACCAGAAGUUACCUUAACAUUGGAUGAUCAAAUUUUAAUGAAUAUUGCUAAAGGAAAAAUAAAAGCAGACCAAGCAUUUUUACAACGAAAAUUAAAAAUUAGUGGAGAUUUUAAAAAGGCAAUGAAAUUGAAGGAUAUAUUGGAUCCUAAAAAAUUAAAAUCUAGAAUUUAG